GCGCGCCUUGCUCAAAGCUGUCGACUUCGUCCUCCUCUCCUGCAGUCAAAUUCCCUCUGGACAUGUUCAGGGACACAUCUCCAACAUGCUAUCCUAAGAAGGUCAUGCAACUCAUAAAACCCUCCAGCCAUUGCUCUGCAGCAGCACUGCAGCUGUUACUCUUGAUACAGAAUCAACUUCCAGAGGUACGCACUGCAUUGUCAGCUAUCCAAGCAAGGACUGGCAGGUUGCCCAGGUAAUAACAACUGGUAUGACUCUCACAUGUGCAUCUAGGUUCACAUUUCUGUUAUGCUUUCACAGGUCGUGCCGAUGUCUGCAAGUCCACUCUGGUGAAUGCGGUUUUGGGACGCACUAGUCUAUCCUCGGCGAGCAAGCAAGGCGUGAGUUGUGUAUUGAGCAUGCUGAAGUGUGCAUUUCACCUACUUACUGCUUAGGGCCACACUCGAAUGAUGGACUUCUAUGGCGUUGGCCCAGUUUCGCAUAAGCUUGUUGUUGUGGACGCCCCCGGCUAUGGCGCGCGCGGCAAGGCUGAGUGGGGAAAGUUGUUUCAGCACUACAUUGAGCACAGAGAAAUAGUCCGUAUUUGUACAUCUCCGCUUGAAGGCACACCAACCUUGUUGCAGGCUGGAGUGCAUCCACAUCAGGCAGGCCAUCUCCGAGGCAGCGCUGCUUUGUUUACCGCCCGUCAUCACUGCGGCUACGAAGAGUCAGUUCUGGGGCGGGGACGAGGUCUGACUUAGUAUUGCUGAAGUAUGUGCUUUAGGCCGUAUAGCUAGCAAAGUGACAUUUUUGUGACCCCUCG